CCCAAGCGCCGCCGCCGCGUCGUCACCAAGGCCUACCGGGAGCCCCUCAAGAGCCUUCACCCCAAGAGCCGGAAGCACAUGCGCCAGUCGACGACGGAGCACACGCGCCAAACCUUCCUGCGCAUCCAGGAGCGGCAGGUCCAGUCCAAGCGCAAGAAGGGCGGCCCUAACUACGACCGGCCUCUGACGCAGGAGGAGCUGCUGGAGGAGGCCAAGAUCACCGAGGGGAUCAACCUCCGCUCNNCAGAAAACUACGAGCGCCUGGAAGCCGACAAGAAGAAGCAGGUCCAGAAGAAGCGGAAGUGCGUGGGGCCCGUGAUCCGGUACUGGUCUGUCACCAUGCCCCUCGUCCCGGAGCCAGGCAAGGAAGAGAACGUGGACGUGGAGGGGUUGGACCAAGACCCUCAGCAGGCUGAAACAGCUCCAGCCCCGGCUCCGGCAUCCGCCGGGAAGUGCUCCCGCACCUUCAUCUCCUUCAGCGACGACGAGACCUUCGAGCAUUUCUUCCCCAAAGCGAAACCCCCACGGUUA